CUGUUUCUCUCCCCAUGGAUAGCGACGCCGACAUCGACCUCUGUUACAAGUCCCUUUCCACAAUGUGGCUCGUUCAGCUGUUGUCCGUUGCGUGGUGGAGCGUAACUCUUUACGACUACUUGUUCCAGCUAACAAACGAAAUUGAUCUCGUAUGGACCGAUCCAGUUUCUAUGACGUCGGGCAUAUAUUUCAUUCUCCGAUACCUGGGAAUGGUCAUGCAAUUAAUAUAUGUUAUUGUCGGUCUACAAAGACUCCCCAACCUCACUCAGCAAAUUUUAUUAUUAACCGACGAAGGCGUUGGUAGCAGAUGCUUGUCUGUUAUAGACUCGGACGUAAGGGCCCUCAAAGUGGUAAAUGAGUCGCUGCUUGAAUUGAUUGUUGGAACUAUCUUUCUCAUUCAGCCUUUAGUCGACGCUACGAUAGCCUGGGUGGGCUCAAUAUAUUUGGCUGCAUUGCAAAUCAUCCUGCUGCUGAGGGUGUACGCAUUAUACAAAGCAUCGAAACGCCUUCUACUUGUUUUGGGAGCCUGUUUCAUUCUUGAAAUGGCGUGCGUCAUAUUUGCAUUGCAAUGGGGAAUUUAUAGCGACCGCGCAAACAACUAUGGUUUGCUUGUCGGCGCAGUUCCUUGGGCUAGCUUUGAGUUAUUGCUUCUGGUGCUUAUCCUGAGAGCAUCUUACAAACACCGACAAGCCACAUGGGGCACUAUGAGGAUAGGCUUGAAUCCGCUCUUGAAGAUUGUCGUACGUGACAGUAGUAUAUAUUUUCUGGGAUUCAUAUGCUCAAGUGCGUUAUUGAUCAUUUGCGCUUUAUAUGUCGAGGAAUCGUAUCUAGGUGUGGCAUCCGGGGCGGCUUUAGCCAAUCUAUUAGGGCCUCGUUUGGUACUCACGCUCAGGAAAC